AUGAUGACCAUGGCAGCGGCAGCCCUUGGAGCGGCGCCGCCGGCGUUCUCGGGCGCCGAGGUGGCUCGUGCGGCGCUUGCGGCCGGCUGCGGGAAGGCGCGAGGGUUUUCGGCGGCCGUGGCGGAGGACAUCUGUCAGUGGAAUCGCACGAAGCAUGCAACGAGCCAGGAGUACAUUGACCGGGAGCUGAAGCACGGGGCCUGGAACUACGCUCCCCUGCCCGUCAUCGUGGACCGGGGGCUGGGUGCCAAGCUGUGGGACGUCGAGGGGAAGGAGUACCUUGACUUUCUGAGCGGCAUCUGCGCCGUGAACCAAGGCCACAGUCACCCCAGGCUCGUGCAGACGAUGCAACAGCAGUGCGCGCGUCUGGCGCUCACCAGCCGCGCCUUCUACAACAGCCAGCUGGGCCCCUACGAGGAGUUCGUGACCAAGAUGUUCGGGUACGACAAGGUCCUGCCCAUGAACACCGGGGUCGAGGGCGGCGAGACGGCGAUCAAGAUCGCCCGGCGCUGGGGCUACGCCGCCAAGGGCAUCCCCGCCAACCGCGCCGUCGUCCUGUUCCCGCACGGCAACUACUGGGGCCGCACGCUCGCGGGCAUCUCCUCGUCCACCAACCCCGUCUUCACCGAGGGCUUCGGUCCGUUCAUGCCGGGCUUCGACCUCGUGCCGUUCAACGACCUCCCCGCGCUGGAGAAGGCCUUCGCUGCGGAUCCGAACAUCGCCGCGUACAUGGUGGAGCCCAUCCUCGGGGAGGGCGGGGUGGUGGUGCCGGACGACGGGUAUCUGAAAGGGGUGCGUGCGCUGUGCACGAAGUACAACGUGUUGAUGAUUGCCGACGAGGUGCAGGCGGGGCUGGGCCGCGCGGGGGACAUGCUCGCGCACCGCCACCAGGACCCGCACGGCGAGGCGCGCGCGGACAUCGUCGUGCUCGGGAAGGCACUGUCAGGCGGGAUGUAUCCUGUGUCGGCGGUGCUGGCGGACGAUGCCGUGUACCAGCACCUCAAGCCCGGCCAGCACGGGUCCACGUUUGGCGGCAACCCCCUGGGGUGCGCCGUCGCCCGGACGGCGCUCGAGAUCCUCGUGGACGAGAACCUGGUCGAGCGGAGCCGCGAGCGCGGCGCGCAGCUGCGGUCCUGCCUCGAGGACCUCCAACGGCAGCACCCGGCCCUGGUGCGCGACGUGCGCGGGCGCGGGCUGCUGCAGUGCAUCCAGUUCUCGGACAGCGCGCCCAGCACGACGGCGUGGGACGUGUGCGUGCGGCUGAAGGAGGCGGGCGUCGUGACGCGGCCCGUCAAGACGGACGCGAUCCGAUUCUCGCCGCCGCUGGUGAUCAGCGAGGACGAGAUGGCGCGGGCGUGCGACGCGCUGCGGACGGUGCUCGCGGACACGCCGACGGCGUGA